CCAGAACCCCCUUCAACUUACCACCCUGGAGAUUUCUACCUUCAUGAAAGUCCCAAGAAAUCAAAACCAGCAGGUUCACCAAUCCCGUUAAAACCAACUGUAGCGAGGUCUGCUGGGAAACGCAACGGUCGACAGACAUUAUCGCCAAUAGAGAAGAGCCCAAGAGAGGAAACUGAUGACUGGGACCAGUCGUAUGGGACGAUGAGAUCUGAUGAUGAGGACUUGGAUUCUAUGGAGUCGUCAUUGGCCAGGUUACGCAAUAGUGCAGCUGCAAGGAAAAAGAAGCAGCAGAUUGAGAAAAAUGAUUAUGCUGAUAGAAACGGUUACCAUAGUGAUAAAUCUAGCUCUCCAUCAUCUGGCCUGGAAGAGAGUGGUAUCUUCAGCAUGGGUUCUACCUUCAAUACCGAAUCAGUUCAUGAAAAGAAAAUAUCGCCUAAGAAGAAAGGAAAGAAAAAUAGCACCGAUUCGCCUUUCAGUGGUAAACCUGUAAUGGCCAGAGUCUUCUCGGCUGGGCGACGAAUGUCUUCCGAAAAUGUUGUUGAACCGAAUCCUUUUGAGUAUAAUCCGACUAGUGGUGUAACAUUUCGAGAUAAGCCCACAUCGGACGUGAGUGUGGUGGGUCAUGCAUAUGGGCGGAAUGAUAAUGGUUACAUCCGGAGCAACUCGCCACCAAUUCCAACACAUGCUAAGAAAACGAAUCCAAGGGAGCGAAGAAGGCAAGCUCAAACCACACCAUUGUCAAUGGCAUCAUUCAAUCAUACAGGCAGUGUAGAACUGACAGAUGAUGGACAGCUGUCAAACCGUAAUGACAUUGGUGGUGUCAUUGGAAGAGGUGUGUUUGGACAAGGUGGUGCGCUUAACCUGGAAAAUUCCAAUUUAGCAUAUGACAAACCUAUCAGAAAGAACAACUAUGCAUCUGUUGGGCAGAAAGGCAGUGGGAUAAAUGUGGGUGGCAUAGAAAAUGAUCAAUGCGUGGACGACAGUGAUGAUGAGGAUUUGCCUCAUAGAACUAUUUCCAAAUUAACAAGCGAAAAAGCAAGACAGAAACAGGAAGAGCUGGAGAUGAAACGAGCACAGAAGGACCGAGAAAGAGAGCGAUUAGAAAAACUACAGAUUGAGAGAGAGUACGAAGAGAGACAGCAGCAGUUGGAAGAAAACCGAAUAGAAAAAUUACAAAAACAAAAACAGCGCGAGGCAAAGCAAAAAGAGAGGGAAGAAAAACUACGACUGGAAAGAGAACAGAAGAAGCUUGAACGUGAAGCGAAAAAACUUGCAAUGGAUGAGGAGAGGGAAGCUAGAAGAAAAGCAGUGGAGGAAGAAAGCAGGAGAAAAAAGGAAGCACGACAGAAAGCGGAAGAAGAAAGGAAACGCCAGAAAGAGAUACAGAGAGAAAACUUGAAACAAAUUGAUGCGUUUGUCAUUGAUGCUACUGCUAUAACUUCACGGCUUUCACCCAAGAGUAAUCCCGAAUCCCCAACUGAACGUUCUCCCCAAACGUCCUCCAUGGUUGCUCACAAGCCUCCAGCCCAUAAAAGGAAAUCCAAGACUGCUACGGAAGUGAAGUCGCCUCCAGGAACAAUGCGAGAAGAUUUUCACGAGGACAGUAGCGAGAUGAAGCCAUUUAAUAAUCCUGAUAACGCAUUGCGAGAUGCACUCUCAUACUUGGCAAAUGAUGAUUGGGAGAUGAAGGUAGAUGGAUUAAACUAUGUGCGAAGACUAUCCUUGUAUCAUAGCGAUGUGCUAGCAACACAACUUCACACGGUCAACCUAGCUGUAUUAGCGGAGGCCAAGAACCUGAGGUCACAGGUCGCACUGAUGGCUAUCAAGACCUUUGGAGAUUUAUUUGUGAACAUGAAGGCUGGGAUGGACAAGGAUUUGGAUAAAAUCUGUAAAAUUCUGCUACCGAAGAAUGCCGAAGCAAAUGGCUUCAUUCGUGAUGCUACAGAUAAGACGAUGCAAAACAUGGUGGAUAACGUUACCCUGCAGAAGGCACUGUCAAGUGUCUUAAAUGGAGGUAGCAGUAGUCGCAAUGCCAAUGUAAAGAAAACAACGGCGUGUUUCGUUGAAAGGAUUGUAGACAAAAUGGGUCCCGGGCGUGUACUAAGCGGUAUCAAAGAUGUAACGGAUGCCGUUUUAAUAGCCGCCACUAGAUUUACGUUGGAUCCGUCACAAGAAACUAGGUACUAUGGUCGUAAAAUAUUUUAUACAUUAAUAUACCAUGAGGACUUUGAUAGACUGCUCAACAGAUGUGUUCCUGCCAAAGAUCUUAAUUCAUUAAAAGACAGAGAUAUUUUGGAAAACAUUAGAACAAAGGGUAUGGGUGAUAAGCCCUCUGACACACCCUCUGCGAGAGCAAAACGAAGCGUCUCCAACAGUCGAGUGAAUUCCGGUUCAAAUAGCCGAGAGAAAACUGGUUCCUCUUCAACAGAUGUACAAACUACACCACCAUCUUCCACCAAGAAGGGUAAAAGGUCAGCAAAGGUCGAUGAACAGUCUGCUGAAAGCAUCAAGACGUUGCAUAAGGACCUGUCAUCUUCCGAGUGGACAGUAAGACUUAAGGGAAUUAAUACGUUACAAGACAUGUGUGUUGAAAACCCAGAUCUUAUUGCUGGUAAUAUCGUAAAGGUAUUCGAUGCCUUCAUCCUCCGUCUACAAGACUCAAAUAGUAAAGUAAAUCUUCAAGCUUUGCAGACGAUGGAGGACAUUGUGCCGAGGCUUGCAGAAUACCUGCCCGCAGUGGUGCAGAGGAUUGUGCCAUCGUUGGCCAGCAAUUUAGCUUCCAAAAAUAGCAGUAUAGCACAAACGAGCUCAGGAAUCUUAGAUUUACUCAUGGAACAUGUCGAUCCAGCAGUGCUAGUACAACCAUUUUGCAACGCAACUCAAUAUGGCAACACCCGUGUCAAACCUCCGAUGAUAAGAAAACUAAGUGAUUUGAGUGCAAUGGUGUGGCCCAAAAAGCAACAGUCGAUCAUCCGCUUCAUGCUGCCUGUUCUUGAUCACCUACUCAGCAACAUGUCAGGCUCUGGUGCUGUCCAUGGCGGUACUGGCAAUAUCCGGGAUGCAACAAACGCCUUGGCGAAGAAAUUACACAGUUUGAUGGGUGAUAGUCUAUUCCAGCACUGCAAUGGCCUGGCACCUAGGCAGCAGAAAGCACUGAGAGAACUCAUAAAUGAUAAAUGAAAUCAGAUCCACUAAGGCAGUACUACAGUCAUGCGCGACAUGUACCAAUAGGUUGAUUCCAUUAUGGUAAUUGCAUGGUAUAGUGUACCAUUGUAUAGUAUACCAUAGUAUAAAUUUAGGUUAAUGCCACGACUAUACCACCAUGGUGUAUGUAAAAAGUUAAUUUAGGUGGAAUUAUACCACCGUGGUACAACCAUGGGUAAGUAUUUAGUUCUUAACAUUACCCAUAUUGUGUGGAUCUUUAUAGAACCUUGAUGAUACCACCACCAUAUAACCAUGGAUGAAAUAAUUGGUCCCUGAUGGUACCCACAUGGUUCUCCCAUUGUACCACCACAGUGUAAUCCUAAAUGAAAUAUUUAUAUCUCAACAAUGGGUAUACCACCAUGGUAUAACCGGGGACGAAAUAUUUGGUUCUUGGUAAUACUACCAAGGUAUACAUUUAAGGUUAGUACCUAGAAUGAUACCAUAAAUAUGGUACAAUCUAGAGAUGUUUCCAGGUAAUAUCUAAACUGUCACAGUAUAACCAUUGAUGUAAUGCUUUUUGGUUCUGUAUGGUACCGUAAGUAAUAGUGACUGUAACACAAUGUCACCCCAUGACUGUUGAGACUGGCAAUGGGUCACAAAUACUAGUCUCCAUGCUAAACUACAGUAGUUUGAAUAUUAAGUAUAUAUAGCAAUACAAAUUUUGUAAAGUUCAAAAUUGUGCAAAUCAUCUGAUACCCAGCUACCCUCCACUGUAAAAUAAAAUCGCACAUUUAAAGUAGGAAAAAUGAACAGGUUUUUAGAAGAUACAGUAUAUUUCUCAUAUCGGAAUUUAUUUUACCAUUCCUGACAAAAGGUUAUCCAAAAAUGUAAAUUGUUGAUGCCAUGUCUUUUGUAAAAAUAACGAAAGGUAUCUGAUAGUAAAUAGCUGAUUUGUGCAAUGUACUUAAUCCAAUUGUUAAUAAUAUAACAGAAUGUAUCAGUGCUACCACUUUAGUAGACUUAGAAGUGUCAUGUGUGCAAUCACCUAUGUUUGGUAGAACUUAAAUACUAUGUAUUAUUAUUAAUUACAAUAUUAAAUUUACAAUAAGCAAUUAUUUUAAUUACUGUAAAAUAUUAGUUGUAACAAUUCUAAUUUCAGAUACACUGUUUAGGUAUGUUAAGCUUUUUUUGUAUAAUUUUUUUUUCUUUUAAAAUAAUUGAUGUUAUGUAUAUUUAUGAUGCUGAUUGUAAACCCAUCCAAUAAUUUUAACAUUUCUUGUUUGUAAAUAUUAACCUGAAACCUAAGAAUACUGUAAAAGCCUUUGUCAAAAGAACACCUUGUUUUAAAUUAUUUUUAUACUGUAUAUCCUUUUUGAAAACAAGUUGUAUAGUUAUUGAAAAUGUUAUUUUUCCUUAGUAUAACAUAAUAGUCACCUUGAGUCUAUUUUUCUUGCUAGAAAUGUAAAUUUAACUAAUUAAAUUUAGCUUUUUUGUAGAAUUUGUCAGUAGUUUAAUGAUCAUAUUAAUAGUUGUCGAUACCAAGCCUUGCUUUUAUUAUAAUAAUUAUUAUAAUGUUAGGCUAAUAGUGCUAUCAAAUUGUUAUUUGUUAGACUCAAAGGUAUAGGCUGGUUUCAGCCUGGGGUGGGGAGGUGGGGGUGGUGUGAAAAUUGAGAAUACGAUUCAAUGUCCCUAUCCCAAUGAAAAUUUUAGUGUCAAUUUAUAAUUACAAUCCACUUAUUUCAACUAAUUUGUUGCGAUGGGUGUGGGAAAGCAUCUGUUUCCCCCUGCAAUUCCCCAGCCAGUACCCAUGAAGCUUUACAAUGUUUGAUCAGACAUCCAAGAAUGUACAGCAUUUUUUAUUUCUAAAAGCAAACAUGAAAAACGCACACUUUGAUCAGAUUUUGUCAACCUGACAAAAUUUAAUCAAACAUUGCUGACAGACAAAAAAAUGAUAGUAUUUGUCAAGCUUUUAGACUAGCCAAAGGUAUGUUUAUAUAGAUUGAGGAUGCAUGGAGAUGAUAAUUGGUCUUCCUGGUUUUCUAUUACAUACUGCUACUUUCCCUGCAUUGUCACAUAGCAUGAACCUCUGUCCCCCAUAUAAAGUUCUAUGUGACAAAUAACCUGACAUCAUCAUGGCCAUUUAUGGUCAAAUAUCAGAUAUUUGCCACAUACAAAUCUGUAGUGUGGACAAAUUAAGAUACUUUGAUUGGAGCUGUGACUGAGUGGUUAGGGUGCUCACCUUCAUUUUCCAGAGUCCUGGGUUUGAGUCCUGUAAAACCAGAUAUUUUUUUUUCUGUAAUGACU